UCUUGGACAGACAGAUCAUACUUGAGCCGGGAUAACCUGCGUUCCUCUUCUGGACAGCUCGAGAACACAACGCGAAGAAGACUUAAUUCCUGAGCCACCAUGGCCACUGCACCGUACAACUACUCCUACAUUUUUAAAUACAUCAUAAUUGGCGACAUGGGCGUCGGGAAGUCAUGUUUGCUCCACCAGUUCACAGAGAAGAAAUUCAUGGCGGAUUGCCCCCAUACGAUUGGCGUGGAGUUUGGUACAAGGAUAAUUGAGGUGAGCGGCCAGAAGAUCAAGCUGCAGAUUUGGGACACAGCGGGGCAGGAGCGCUUCAGGGCAGUCACCCGCUCCUACUACCGUGGAGCAGCAGGGGCGCUCAUGGUCUACGACAUCACCAGGAGAAGCACGUACAACCAUCUCAGCAGCUGGCUGACUGAUGCCAGAAACCUCACCAACCCCAACACUGUGAUCAUUCUCAUAGGAAACAAAGCGGACCUGGAGGCCCAGAGGGACGUCACGUAUGAGGAGGCAAAGCAGUUUGCUGAAGAGAACGGUCUGUUGUUUCUGGAGGCCAGUGCAAAAACAGGUGAAAACGUUGAGGACGCCUUCCUGGAAGCUGCGAAGAAGAUCUACCAGAACAUCCAAGAUGGCAGCCUGGACCUGAACGCCGCGGAGUCAGGGGUCCAGCACAAGCCUUCGGCCCCCCAGGGCGGUCGGCUAACCAGCGAACCACAGCCCCAGAGGGAAGGCUGCGGAUGCUAAUGGCCAAGCAACCCCCCCCCCCCCCCCCCCGUCUGUCCCGCCCGCCUUCCCUCGACCAUCCCCCCUUCAUCCACCUCCGUACGUCCAUCCACCCUCCCUCACUGCACCAGGGGCUGCGGAGGGAAGGAACGGGGGAUGGAUCUGGACUUGGGCCAGACUGAGCUGGACUGUGGACGACAUCUCCCUCCCUACCGCUCCUCCCCUCUGCCUGUCUCCCUCCUCCUCUCUAAACUCUGUGUGUUGUCGUCCCAUAACGCUCCUCUUUCGCUUCCCUCCACUCUUCUUGCACCAGUCUAGUCCCCCUCCCCCAGUCAUAGCACCGUAGACGCCACCACGCAUUACUGACACUUUAGAUAGAUGUAACAUUCAUACGAUAAUGAUAAACCAAGACAGUUUUUUAAUGUUUGGUUUUAUAGCUAUAUAUGACAUGUAAACAUUGCAUUAAAUUCCAUCCACCACUGAUCAGCCGUGUGUGACUAAACUCCUGAGGUCUCAUGCAUGGUUCACCAACCCAGCAUUUUAUGCUCUCCCGCAGUUAAUUAGUGCAGGAUUGGCCGGCGACGGCAGUGGAGUCGUGAAUCAUCACACAGGAAGAGGCUCCUCGGUGUGUCCGAGGAAUGUGGAGCCCAGUGAGCUUUUCCAGCAGGAUUCAAACCUGCUUGUGGCUUUUAAUUCUGUUACUGCUGCUCGACACAAAGAGACGUCCUUUGACAGAUGUGGGAACGAUGUUCUCAGGAGAGGAAAAAUAGAAACUGUUGAAAAAAAAUGAAAGUAAUUCCUCAGUCUCCCCUAUGAGAUAACAGGAAGGAAUAGUGGGCGUUUUCUAGCUGUUCUGUGUGUGAAGUUGGAUGAUUUUUAUUUGAACACAAGGCUUUUCUGUGUUUGGUGUAAAGAUUCCUUCAUGUCAGUUUCUUUGCACCAGCUCUCCCCCUCCUCCCCCAGGUCAUAUCACCAAGGUUUCUGUCUUUACCAGCAUUUUCUUUGUCAUGGUUUGUUGCCUUAUUAUAUUUCAUGUUAUUACUCUUUAAUCUUUAUUGUAUUGCUGCACUUCCUCUUCACACUGCUAUUGGACUCACCCCAAAUAAAUCCACUCUUAGAUUCAUUAUUGCAUUUUACUGGGGAACAAUGUAACAAUGCAAGUGUCGGCUUACAUGGUCAAACUCCAGGGUAUCAGAAGCAUGGUCUUUAAACUGUCAACACUCCUUCAUUUCAAGUAGUGCACUGAAGAGCUGAUGUGUUGUUUCUGACUUCUACACCAAGCAGCAUGUCCCCUCAAUACAGUGGAAUUGUCAAAACCCAAUUAUGUUUGUAUUGUUUUUCCCCCCCUCCUCCCUCCAAUAUAAUUGUUCUGUACAAUAUAGCCAUUCCCUGAUUGGACAGCUGUAUAUAUUGCUUCUUAACUAUUGGUGACCUCGCUACUUUCCAAUUUAUUUGCCGGCUCUGCCAAGAUCUGUACAGUUGAUGUGCUCGUGGGUUUCCUGUAAUUCAUGCUUGGGAAAUUCUGUAACAGUUUCUAUUAAUAAAUGUGUGAAGGACACCGAGACGACCCCCGACUGCACACUACUGAACCCGUCACGAGGUCGAGGGAGUGGAUCGAUACGAUGGGCGAACUCUAGAUUCCCCUCGUUACUGUACGGAGUGGAGAAUCGGCGCCCCUCCACGUGGGAGGGGCCUGCAUCGCUGUCUUAACUUUUGGGGAUUGGUUCAUUAGUGGGAAGUUGGUGGGCUGGGUUUUACUUUUUUUCUGUGUCCCACCCCUUUGCUGGCCAAGUACAAAACAAAAGUACAUAUGUAUAAAUUUUUAAGGAGCUGUGCUAACAUUUAAAUGCUUUGAGUGUAUGAUUUUAAAAUGUUGACAUUUUUAUUUUAAUGACAUACUCGACAGGAAAAAAUAAAUUAUACAUAACCUG